AUGGCCAAGGAAAAAUUCGUCGUUGUAGGCGCUGGCCCUGUCGGAUCUCUGGCUGCUCUGUACGCGGCGCAGAGAGGCCAUGAUGUUGAAAUAUAUGAGCUCCGAGGAGAUUUGCGUGACCCUUCAACCACGCCGCUGAACUUCACCAAAUCCAUCAACUUGGCCUUGUCAGAGCGCGGCAUCAAUGCUAUGCGUCACUCUGACUCGGACAAGCUGAUCGACCAUGUAUUUGCUUCGGUGAUACCCAUGAGAGGGAGGAUGAUCCAUGGAAGAAAGCCGUCAGGAGAGACGUACGAGGAGUCUCAGGACUAUGACAUCCAUGGACGAACCAUCUUCGCCGUAGACCGGGCUGAUCUCAACAAGCGGCUGCUGGACAUACUUGAAGCCAUGCCCAAUGUCCGUUUCUUCUUCAACCACAAACUGACAGGCGCCAACUUCAAGCAGCAUAAGGCCUGGUUUGAGACCCAUGGCCAGACAGAUCAUCCGGGACGUGCUGAAGAAAUUGAAGUCGACUUCAACUUCCUGAUAGGCGCCGAUGGAGCUCACUCAGCUGUGCGAUACCAUCUUAUGAAAUAUGUCCGAAUGGACUAUGAACAAAAGUAUAUCGAUACAUUAUGGUGUGAAUUCACCAUCAACCCAAAGAUCGGUGCUGUCUCAAGAGACACCAAGUCCAAGUUUGCCAUUUCACCCAACCAUCUCCAUAUUUGGCCUGGAAAGAAGUUCAUGUUCAUCGCGAUACCGAGCGAGGACGGCUCUUUUACCUGCACUCUCUUCCUGCCGAAUGCAUAUUUCGCCGAAUUGGAGACAGAAUCUUCCAAGUUACCGGCAUUCUUUGAUCAUCACUUCGCAGGGGUGACUUCACUAAUCUCACCCACUGACCUGAUUUCUCAGUUCAAAGCCAACCCUCACCUGCCCCUCAUUAGUAUCAAAUGCAAACCGUAUCACUUUUCCAGCUCUGCAGUCAUCCUUGGCGAUGCCGCGCACGCUAUGGUGCCUUUCUAUGGGCAGGGGAUGAACGCCGGCCUCGAAGAUGUGCGUGUCCUGUUCUCCAUCUUGGACAAGUACUCAACAUUGGAGUCCAACAACCCAAUUGACCCAGAACCGCUCGAUGCGGCGUACCAAAGAACCUUGGCCCUGGCGGAGUAUUCAACCUUACGUACUCUGGAUGCACAUGCGAUUAACGACCUUGCGUUGCAAAACUACGUCGAGAUGCGUGCGUCGGUUUUGUCUCCCACGUACCGCCUGCGCAAGUACAUGGAGGAGCUGCUCUCGGUACGGUUGCCUCGCUUGGGGUGGCAAACCAAGUAUUCGCGUGUUAGCUUUGGUAAUGAGCGAUAUUCCGAAGUAGUGGCCAAGAGUGAUCAUCAAAAUAAAGUGUUGAUGAGGGCAGUGAAGGCGCUGGUUGGUGGCACACUCAUGUUUGGUACGAUCUUUGACAAAUGGCCGGCUAUUUGA